UUCGCAUUUGAUGAAUCAUAUAUUGCGAUCUUCACCUGCAUGAGGGAAGACAAGAACUCAAAGCUUGACGUUUAGAAGUAUGACUGUUUCGUGCUUUUGUUUCUCUAACAUCAGUCAGGACUUUACAUGAAAUCGUCUGUCCUCGCAGGAAUGUAGUUUGGAGGGCGGAGACUCGCGGCAACAUUACAUUCUGCAUCCCGAAGCUGUGAAAUAUUGACACUGCCAUGAGAACAGCCGAGAUCGUUCAGCACUGUUCAUAACAAGAUCCGAACACAGCGCAAAGAUGACGGAGAGGUGGAUGUAGUGUUUGGGCUCGGGGUCUGUAGAGGACCAGUGGACAGCUCUUCAUUUCAGCCCCGAAUCUGCUCUUGUAUCUGGGCGGGACGUGGAGAUAAAAGAGUUCAGCAUGAGGAAUAACGAGGAGACUGAGGGCUUUGAUGGCGAGGCCUCCAACACCUCGAUGAUUUCAGGAGCCAAUAGUCCGUAUCAGCCGACCACCGAGCCCGUGCACUCCAGAAACGUGUUCAGGGCCAUCAGGUGUGACCUGGACUAUAUCAAAUCACAUUUCGGUAUUUUAAAAAUUAUCGAAGUGGUCCUGGCUCUCAUCUCAUUCAUCUUCAUUGAGACCAUAAUGAUGUGCUCGCCCUGUGCCGGCGUCUACCUCUUUGAGUUUGUCAGUUGCAGUGCCUUCGUUGUCACAGGCGUCUUGCUCCUCAUCUUCAGCCUGAACCUGCACACCAAAGUGCCCCAUAUCAACUGGAGUCUAACAGAUCUAAUCAACACUGUCACCAGCACCCUGUUCUUCUUUCUGGCUUCAGUGAUUUUAGCAGCUCUCAACCAUCAAACUGGAGCAGAGAUUGCAGCUGUGAUUUUUGGGUUCCUGGUAAUGGGUGUGUACGGUCUGAACACAUAUUUGGCAGUUCGGAGAUGGCGUCUCGGCGACUCGCAAGAUGGACCCCUGCAGACCAGUGAGUACAUCCGUGCCCGCACAGCCUCGCGGGGAGAGGUGGAGUCACGGCCUGAGCUGCAGUAAAGCACACAGGUGGACCAAUAAAAACUGAGACAACACAUUCCUCAUGAUGGAAGCCUGAUGACCGAGCAGUCAGUAUGAGCUCUUACAAACAAACAGUUGCAUGAACAGUCUGAAAUGGAACAAACUUAUGGCAUCUUCAUCAUCAUCAGCCUCAGGCUGUUGUCAUUUGACUGUAUACUUAAAUACUGUAUCUUUCUGAUAAUUAAGGGCUUUACCUUACCAUGAUCUGGAUAAUUAUUGACUGACACUGACUCUACUGUGCUCCUAAAUUCCCAGCGGGGAACCUGAAAGGUUUAAGUGAUAUCUGUGACUGAAGUGGAAUGGAAAUUUGUGGUAGAGUUUAUGAGCAAAAAAGUUUUUUGUUUUUUUUCCCUCUGCAAUUGUGUUCCUGUAUCAAACACAUAGUAAACUGCAGUUGCAUCGGGAUGUUUUUGCAGCAGCCCCUCACUGCAGAAAACAAGAUCCAG